GUAUUUGUCUGAUUGUGAUCUCAUUCCAGGUUUUCUCCACGAUCGAAAACAUUCAUCUCCGAGAGCUUGUCAAGAAGACGAACUAUGUCAAAAUUCACAUGAAUCGAGUACUGAUCGAUGCAUAAUCGGAGAUGAUCGGAUUGAAUUUUUUAUUACGAAAAUAGAUUUGGCCCCACUGUAUAAUGACCCACCAUAGCAACUCACGGAAAUUAGGUCGUUCAUAGGACAGUACAACACUAUCACCCUCCCCGAGAUCACCCAACCACCUCUCUCCCCGCCACCGCUACCACCUCCUCCGCCCCUUUUCCCAACCCAGACAGAGCCCCUUAGAAAUUCUUCCAUUUUCCAACCGCAAAACCGGAUCGAUUCGGUCCUGAAUUAUAACCCUAACGAAUCGGGCCGAUGUCAACGUCGGGGCAGCCUCAGUUCCGGUACACGCAGACGCCGUCGAAGGUCCUCCACCUGCGCAACCUGCCCUGGGAGUGCACCGAAGAGGAGCUCGUCGAGGUCUGCAAGCCCUUUGGAAAGAUCGUCAACACCAAGUCUAAUGUCGGUGCCAAUCGCAACCAGGCAUUUGUUGAAUUCGUUCGAUACCGCCUAUAUAGCUUCAUAUACAAUGUUGGGGACGUGGCUAGUUAACAUGGUAUCAGAGCUCUGGUUGAGAGAGGUAGAUCUAAAUCAGGCCAUUAACAUGGUUACAUACUAUGCUUCGUCUUCAGAGCCAGCACAGGUCCGUGGGAAACAUGUGUACAUUCAAUAUUCUAAUAGACAUGAAAUUGUCAACAACGCCAAAGGUCCAGGAGAUGUUCCGGGAAAUGUAUUGCUGGUAACCAUCGAGGGAGUUGAAGCUGGUGAUGUCAGUAUUGAUGUUAUUCACUUGGUAUUCUCAGCUUUCGGCUUUGUGCACAAGAUUGCUACUUUUGAGAAGGCUGCAGGUUUUCAGGCAUUGAUCCAAUUCAGCGACAUUGAUACUGCUGCUUCAGCUAGAGAAGCAUUGGAUGGGAGAAGCAUACCUAGGUACUUGCUGCCGGACCAUGUUAGUUCAUGCCACUUGCGGAUCUCAUAUUCUGCACAUACAGACCUGAAUAUUAAGUUCCAAUCCCAUCGGAGCAGGGACUAUACAAACCCAUAUCUUCCUGUUAAUUCUACUGCUAUUGAGGGUUUUGUUCAGCCUGCGGUAGGCCCUGAUGGAAAGAUAAAAGAACCUGAGAGUAAUGUGCUUCUUGCAUCAAUUGGAAAUAUGCAGUAUGCUGUAACUGUGGACGUUCUUCACACGGUGUUUGCUACAUUUGGCACAGUUCAGAAAAUUGCUAUAUUUGAAAAGAAUGGCGGAACACAAGCGUUGAUUCAGUAUCCUGAUGUCUCAACCGCAGCAGUUGCCAAAGAAGCUUUGGAGGGACACUGCAUAUAUGAUGGUGGCAGUUGUAAGCUUCAUCUAUCAUACUCUCGUCAUACUGAUCUCAAUGUAAAGGCAUACUGUGACAAGAGCAGAGAUUACACUGUUCCAGAAUCAAGCCUCUCCAAUGGUUGGCAGAAUCCUCAGGUCUCUCCAAUGUUUUCUGGGAAUCAAUUUUCUGGUGGUGGUAUUGCAUCGGCUGCUCAACCUCCCAUGGGACAAGGUCCCUCCUGGGACCCAAAUAUUCAGGCAGGAAGACCAACCUUUGUGUCAGCUCCAGGCACAUUUCCUGGCCAAACAUAUGCACCAUCCUCUGUACCAGCAUAUGCCUCUGCAUCAGCUCCUCCUGGUUCCUCACCCACUAUGCAAACAGGCCAAAUCGGUCCCAUUGUGGGUCCCCGAGGAGUAUCGCAGCCUUCGCAUCAGCCCAACGCAGGACCCGGCGGCACUUCACGUCCAGGCCAGCCUUCUUACUAUGGUUAGUAAGUUGUACAAUCAGUUCUCCAUUGGAGAGUGUCCAUCGUAGCUUUAGUUUUCCCCCUCGACUCUUUCUUUUUCGGAAUUCAUGAAAAUUCCCCUGUGCCUGUGUUUAAGCAUCACUCUUGCUUUACUUUUUGAUAGUGUGAUGCCAACUUGUAUUCUUUUCGUCAAGCUCUGAAUGUGGCAGUAAAUUUUCAUAUUCUGACUUUCUCUUCACAUCUUCUUGUGAUUAAUUGAACUGGCUUAAGAGAGUUCCCAAGUUCUAUUUCAUCAAA